AUGCGAUGCAGCAGUGAUUGGUGGAAACAGGGCGGCAACAACCAGGAGUGGGCGGUGGCCGAGAGUGAGUGGGUGACCGUCAAGGAGGAGAGCUUGAAGGAGGAGGAAUCGCAAGUGAAGGGCAAGAAGAAAGCCAAGGACUUCAUCGGCCUUUGCUUCAUGGCGGAUAACAACGACAACGACAACAACCUCGAGCCUAAUCCUUCCGAGGUUCUUGGUGAUAAGCUAUCAUCAUCCUCACCACCGCUACAGCCACCGUCAUGGGGACAGGGACGAUCUAGCGGCAAGCAGGGUCAAGGACGGCGGUGGGAUACUGGACGAGGCGCUGACACCGUGGAUGCGGGGAAGAGGUCGAGCGCUGAUCCCGAUGAGGCAGGGCCGGCCUCCGACGCUCUCGCGCCUACUCCGCAAAACAGGCCGUUGAAUUCACAGAAUGUAGCUGAUGCGCUACAGAAGUUUAAUCUUAAGAAGACUGCAGUACAAAAGGCACUGGAUGCAUUGGCUGGCAGUGGACAGAUUUCCUUCAAGGAGUAUGGCAAGCAGAAAAUUUACAUUGCUCGGCAAGAUCAAUUCGACAUUCCAAAUGGGGAAGAACUCGAGGAGAUGAAGAAAGCAAAUAACAGGUCGCAAGAAGAACUUGUGGAACAAAAGAAAGCAGUUAGUGAGGUUGAAUCUGAUGUACGAGGUCUGCAGUCAAACUUGACUUUGGCAGAGAUUAAGUCGAAGGAGGCUAAAUUACAAAGUGAAGUCCAGGAAAUGGAAGAAAAAUAAAUAAAAAAUAAAUUGCGGAGUGGUAAUCUUGUGAAACCUGAGGACAAGAAGAUAAUUGAAGAUUCCUUUUCUGAGAAAGUUAACCAAUGGAGAAAGCGAAUGAGGAUGUUCAAGGAGCUUUGGGAUAAUAUUACUGAGAAUACCCCAAAAGAUCAGAAGGAAUUUAACGUUUUUGCUGCAUUUCCCUCCGAUUCUCUUACCUUUUGACUGCACUUAAGACCUAUAUGCUUUGAUUAAGCAUUAAGCACAUCAAUGACAGAUUGUAAUUGCUACUAGUUCUUUUAGUUAUCACCUAUUGUUGGCA